AUGGGGUUGAAACCGGCGUCGGGGGCCGGCUACUGCGUUUUUGGGGAGCCCAAAUAUCAGCAAAAAACCACAGUGAUUGAAAACGGCGAAAUCAGAUUCAAUGGAAAGGGGAAAAAGAUUCGGAAGCCUCGAACUAUUUACUCCAGUCUACAACUCCAGGCUUUAAACCACCGCUUUCAGCAGACUCAGUACCUGGCACUUCCAGAGAGAGCUGAACUGGCAGCUUCAUUAGGACUUACCCAGACACAGGUGAAGAUAUGGUUUCAGAACAAGCGCUCCAAAUUCAAGAAGCUGCUGAAGCAGGGCAGCAACCCCCACGAGAGCGACCCCCUGCCCGGCUCCGCCACCCUCUCCCCUCGCUCCCCGGCCCUGCCUCCAGUCUGGGACGUUUCAGCUUCUGCCAAGGGAGUCAAUAUGCCUCCCAACAGCUACAUGCCUGGUUAUUCUCACUGGUAUUCUUCUCCACAUCAAGACACAAUGCAGAGACCACAAAUGAUGUGA